AUGAAAGGACUGUUUUCAGCUAACAACCUAAUAAAGAGUAGGAAGACGAAGAGACUCGCAGACACUGCAUACAGGAAGCGCGCACUUGGUACAAAAUACAAACAUAGUGUACUUGGCAGGGCACCACAGGCAAAGGCAAUUGUUCUUGAGAAGCUUGGAGUGGAAGCCAAACAACCGAACUCUGCUAUUAGAAAAGCAGUUAGAUGCCAGCUGAUUGCGACAGGAAAGAAAAUAACUGCAUUCGUUCCAUAUGACGGAUCCAUCACAUACAUCGAGAGCAACGACGAGGUGACUGUUGAGGGAUUUGGUAAGAAGGGAAAGAGUGUGGGAGACAUCCCAGGUAUUCGGUUCAGGGUAUGCAAGGUACAGAAUGUGUCUCUGCAUGCAUUAUUUACAGGAAAGAAGGAAAAACCAUCGAAGUAA